UGACAAUGUACAAAAUUUGAUGAAAAAUAUCAAAAAAUAUAAUUUCACAAUCAAAAUGUACACACACGUCAAAGAAUUGUAAUAAAAAGUAAUGUCUUUUUGUGCUCGUCGUAUUCGUCUUAAAAUGACAAAAUACUUUAUACGAUUAAAUUUUGUGUAUCGACAUUUUGAGUAAAUUUCAGUUUUUCACCAAGGUCCUAUGUCGGUCGCAGAUAGUGAUGAAUAAACAGUUUAUUUUCGAAAUUUCUUCAAACAUUUCUCAUUUAACGUAAAAAUGGAACGUUCUUUCGAAUUGGACGUUGCCGCAGUCGAUUCCGUUUUAGUGGCGCUCCUGUCGCGUUAGAACGACUAAUAUCCGGCCACGUUAAAAUAGUUUGUUUGGUUAAAAUAUUGGCCGGGUCUUUCCUCUCGACUGAUUAAACAGUGCGUCUUAAAAAAAUUUUUUCUCCUAACUUAAAUGCGAGUAAACUGCGAGAGAUAGACAACUAACGAAGAAUGAACUACUGGUCGAUUUGCUUGCUAUUUGUCUCCCUGUUUGGCACGAUAUUACGUACUGGCGGUGUCGAGUUAUCGUUCGAACUACCUGACAAUGCGAAACAAUGUUUCUAUCAGGAAAUCGAGAAGAAUGAGACGGCGAUGCUCGAAUUCCAGGUUGUGACUGGUGGACAAUACGAUGUCGAUGUAAUUCUAGAAGCACCAAAUAAAGAAGUCAUUUACAGACAAAUAAAAACGCAGUUUGAUUCGCAUCAAUUUACAGCAUCUAUGACAGGAGCAUACAAAGCCUGUUUUAGCAAUGAAUUCUCAACAUUUUCACACAAACUGGUUUACAUGGAUUUCAGGGUGGGUGAACAAUAUCCAUUGGGGGAGCAUGUAACCGUUAUGACUCAGAUGGAGUCCUCGGCUCAAGAGAUACACAAGAACUUGAAUAAUAUUUUGGACUAUCAAACACAUCAUCGAUUAAGAGAAGCACAAGGUCGUAAACGAGCAGAAGAUUUGAAUACUCGUGUGCUUGUAUGGUCCGUUAUGGAAACACUGACAAUUUUGAUCAUAUCAGUGGGACAGGUGUUUGUCUUAAGGACCUUUUUCACAGAGAGGAAACGUUAAUACAUUCAUUAGUGCAUCUGCAAAUAAUAAUACUUUCCUUGUGCGCAAUAAAAUAACUAAUCUGUCGGGUCAAUGUGGAACAAUGCCGUCAUAUUUAAUGUUUCACAAAUUCUACCAAUUAUGGUGCCAUGAUAAUUUUGGCCAGUUGUUUGUUACGUCCAUAUUUGUUUUGGGCUCAAAAAUCCAAGAAUCUAGACAGAUAGAGUAAUUCAGCAGCAGAAACAUGUGAUUUCCCCGAGUAUGAGAAUGUUGUGUAUGCGCGUAUUCAUGAGUGUAUAAUUUGAAUUAAGUUAUAUAAAACCUAUGGUAUUUUUAUAUGAAACCUAGGAAAAAUAUCUGCUCUAUUACGAGCAAUAUAAAAUGGGCAAGUCUCUUCUAAAUGAUGAAUUCUUAAGUUAACUAUACUUUGUUAUUGACAGUGUAACAUCUUCGUGAGAAACACAUUUUUCUUACUGUGAAUGUGAAAUAAUAAACUAGAACAUUUGCGCGUAUGAACGUGUUACUUUCUACAAUUUUCCCAUCUUGCUAAGAUGUUCAUGUAAUUUGUUACGCUUGUACUUAAUGUAUUAAUUGACAAAUAAAGAGAAUCUCAAAUUUGCAUUUUGUACAGAGAGAUAGACGUGUGUAACAACUUUGAGCACUUAGAGAUAUUCUCUCUCUCUCUCAUUUCAAUUAUGUAUACUUUUUCGUAUUUUAUAUGACAUUAGUUUAAAGUGAAAUCUUUAUAUCUUAAUAAUUAAUCCUGUCUCUUUUCUAAAUAUAGUUUAUAUAAAUAUGAUUUUAACAUUUAAAAAUGUAAAAAAUAAUUGUGGUUAUAU